GCUUUAAGCACUGGUCUAAUUUAAUACAGUAAUUAUAUAGUGAUUACAGUGUACUGUAAUCUAUUGUAGACUAGACUUUAAUCAUAGAGGUCUUUGCCCUUUUUGACUCGAGUUGAACGACCACGAAAAAUUUACGCUAGGAAGAAGCAGCUACUUUGUUUAGUAAACCAUAAAACACAAAAAGUAAAAAAUUGUAAAAUGGCUGAAAACUAUAUUGUUUUAAAGUACAGAGAUGGUGUUCGAACUAUAACUAUUAAUCGACCAGAAAAAAAGAAUGCAAUAAGUCUCAGCAUGUAUCAAACUAUCAGUAAUGUGUUGAACGAAGAUGCUGCAAAUGAUAAGGUUGUGGUUACUAUAUUAACUGGAUCUGGUAGCUACUUUACCAGUGGUAAUGAUUUGAAAGGCUCCUUGUCUCAGGAAAUUCCUGUUAAAGAUAGCUUGAAUGUGGUGAAGACCAUGAUUGAUGCAUUUAUAAAUUACCCGAAACUGUUGAUAGCCGUUGUUAAUGGUCCUGCAAUAGGAAUAGGAGCAACAAUGGCAGCUCUGUGUGAUAUUGUAUAUGCAACAAACAAAGCAGUUUUUGAUACACCGUUUGUAAAAUUGGGAUUAUGUGCAGAGGCUGCUUCUAGUUUUACGUUUCCUCAUGCCCUCGGAAGAAGUAAAGCGUCAGAGGUAUUGUUACUAAACUACAAAUUGAGCGCACAGGAAGCAUACCAAUUCGGAUUUAUUUCCAAUAUUAUACCCCACUCGUCCUUGAACAAAUUCAUUAACAAUUUGCAUAAACAUGGCACAAUUCCAGUGAAAAGUUUAACAAGAAAUAAACAGUUAAUUAUGGCUAAUUAUAAGCCUGUUUUGUAUGAAUCUAUCAACAGGGAAAUGGAACAGUUGUUUGAAUGCAUGGCUUCUGAAGAAUUUUCUAAUGCGAUAUUGAAGUUUCUGGACAAAAAAAGUAAAUUAUAAGGAAAGGAUAUCGGCAGAACUUCAAAAGAGCUUUUGUGAAUAUUGGGAUUAAAAUUAGUUGUUAUAAGUUUGUAACAUUUUAAAUACAUUUUUUUUUCUCAUAAUA